GACGCCACCUGUUUCUCAAUGGGCUCGAGGACUGGAGAGCUCGUGCUCAGCCGGUGGAGUGAGGAAUUCUGAGAAGUGUCGGCCGAAGGGUGGACGGAGGAGCGAGCGAGCGAGAGACUGACUGUAGGAUACACGAGCAGGACUUUUAAAAGUUUUAUGGAGCUAUGGAGCUGCGUGGACUCAACUUAUUCUUGUUUUUAUUUAUUAACCGAGUAUUUCUCAGUCUCCAGUCGAAAGAACAAGUAUUGCUGGAUAUGAGAGCUUCGGGAUCAGAGUUGGGAUGGUUGACAUCGCCAUAUGAGAACGGAUGGGAAAUUGUCCAGACAGUGGUGAAUGGCACACUUUUUUACACUUACAGUGUUUGUAGCAUAGAGACUACAGAACAGGAUAACUGGCUGCGCACGACGUUUAUUCAGCGGCGCCCGGGCACAAGCCGUGUCUCUGUGGAGCUCAGUUUUGUCGUGCGAGACUGCAACACUUUUGGUGGUGCGUCUGUUGGCUGCAAAGAAACCUUCAACCUAUUCAUCUCAGAGGCUGAUGCUGACGUGGGAACGAACUUCCGUAAAGGACAGUUCCGCAAAGUGGCCACCAUUGCUCCCGACGAGGUCACUCAGGGCCGGGUGCUAAAGGUGAACACAGAGACGAAGACUGUGGGGCCGCUGUCAAAGAAAGGCUUCUACCUGGGUUUUCAGGAUGUGGGCGCUUGUGUGGCGCUGCUCUCUGUCCGAGUCUACUACAAGACAUGCCCAUCCACCGUGCAGAGCUUGGCAGUUUUCCCAGAGACUGUGGCAGAUGCUCUCAGGGAGGUUGAGGGAGCCUGCGUAGAGAAUGCCGUCAGCCAGGCCACCCCGCGCAUCUACUGCACAGCUGAGGGUAAAUGGGUGGUUCCCAUGGUUCAAUGCCAAUGUCUUGCAGGCUACGAAGCCACAGGAGACUCCUGCCAAGCAUGCAAACCAGGAUACUUCAAGCCCUCUGUAUCGAACAACUUCUGUCAGGUUUGUCCUGAUAACACCAAGCCCUCUGCUUCCGGAGCCACUGAAUGUCUGUGUGAAGAAGGUUUCUUCCGGGCUCCUUCAGACCCUCCUACAUCAGCCUGCUCCGCUCCACCUAGUGCCCCUCGUGACCUUACCUCCAUGACUCUGCCAGGGGAGGGCAAGUUGCAGCUGUUCUGGAGCCCACCACUGGUGACUGGGGGUCGCAGUGACCUUAUGUACAGUGUGGUGUGCAAACUCUGUGACGAGGCCUCUUGCAUCCCCUGCGGCGAGAAGAUCCGCUUUGAGCCAGGACCUACGGACCUGCAGGACCCCACAGUUGUUGUUAGUGACCUGGACUCUCAUCUCAACUACACGUUCACUGUAGAGGCUCAAAGUGGCGUGUCGCAGUUCAGUGCCGAGAGGCCCACUGCAACCAUCACCACUGCUCUGGACUACACAGAUCCCCCCAAGGUGACGGAGAUCCAUCUGGAUGAUCGCAGCCCCACCAGUCUGUUUCUGUCCUGGACUCCUACUCGCCGACCUCCAGCCCACAUCAAUCAUCGCUAUGAGCUUAUGUACCGCAGAAAAGACGACAGUACCGAGGGUGAUGUGACCACCUACAAAGUCCUAAUUUUGGACAAAAGCUUUGUGCAGAUUGAUGGUCUCAUCCCAGCCACUACUUACACAUUCAGGGUCCAUGCUCUGGGCCCCGAAGGCAACCCUGGAAGCUACAGUGCCGACCAUGAGUUUAAUACUUUUCCAUUAGCUGAGCCUCAGUUUGGGAACAAGCCCACCAUGGUGAUGGUAGCUGUAUUCGGAGUAGCGGUUAUUCUGCUUGUUGUGGUGGCUGGCCUGCUGCUGCGUAAACGGCGACUGAACGCUCGCAGGCGAGGAGGACCCGAGGAUCCCUACUUUUCAACAGAUCAACAUAAACCUCUCAAGACGUACAUUGAUCCACAUACCUAUGAGGACCCUAAUAUUGCCAUCCACAAGUUUGUCACUGAAAUUGACCCCAGUGUGAUCGGCAAACAAAAAGUCAUCGGUGUAGGAGAGUUUGGGGAAGUGUUUCGGGGUGUAAUGAAGAUUCCCGGGAGAGGCGAGGUGCCUGUAGCAAUCAAGACCCUCAAGCCAGGCUACUCGGAGAAACAGAGGCAGGACUUCUUGAGUGAGGCCACCAUCAUGGGUCAAUUCUCACACCCGAAUAUCAUCCACCUGGAGGGAGUUAUCACCAAAUGUGAGUCAAUGUUCUCAAAAGCCAACAUAUCUGUUAACUUCUUGUACUCAUUUCCUCCAUUAAACAUAUUUGUAUUUAUAUUCUCAGUUAAACAUGCCAUGAUAGUGACUGAAUACAUGGAGAACGGAGCUCUCGACACAUAUCUGAAGGGCCGUGAUGGAGAGAUUCCUCCGUACCAACUUGUGGGAAUGCUGCGUGGAAUAGCCGCUGGCAUGAAAUACCUCUCUGACAUGAACUAUGUCCACCGUGACCUGGCAGCAAGAAACGUUCUGGUCAACAGCAACCUGGAGUGUAAGGUGUCUGACUUUGGAUUGUCACGUGUGCUGGAAGAUGAUGCUGAGGGCACCUACACAACCAGAGGAGGUAAAAUCCCCAUCCGCUGGACUGCGCCAGAGGCCAUCGCAUACAGGAAGUUCACCUCGGCCAGCGACGUGUGGAGCUUUGGUAUUGUCAUGUGGGAAGUCAUGGCAUUUGGAGAACGGCCCUACUGGGACAUGAGCAACCACGAGGUCAUGAAGGCUAUCAACGAGAACUUCAGGCUUCCUGCUCCAAUGGAUUGCCCAUCCGCUAUCUACCAGCUCAUGCUCCAGUGUUGGCUGCACGAACGCUUAAAGCGACCUCGCUUCUUAGACAUCGUCAACUUUCUGGACAAACUUCUCAAAAGCCCAGAAUCCUUAAAGACCAUCGCAGACUUUGACCCACGCGUCUCCAUCCGGCUGCCCAGCACCAGCGGUGGCGACGGUACCAUGUUCAGGUCGGUACCCGAGUGGCUGGAAUCCAUCAAAAUGAGCCAGUACAAGGAAAGCUUCGCUCGCGCUGGGAUAACGACCAUGGAGCAGGUGCUCGCUUUGAGACAUGAAGACAUCAGGAACAUCGGAGUGAGGCUGCCUGGUCACAUGAAACGGAUAGCAUACAGCAUCCUGGGCCUGAAAGACGAGACGAGCUCCCUCAGCGUGUUCGCUGUGUGAUCUAAGCAUUCCUUCAAAUCAAAGUGCACUGACCGACCAUGCCAUUUCACUCACGGAAGACAAGGACUGAAGUGGAGGGGCUGGAACUGAGCUACACUACAGCAGUGUGGUAUGACUGAAAGGGACCCUCAGAGAGGACUCAAAAUGAGACCAUUCAUGUACUUAAUAAGAGAAAAGUAAUUUAUCUUUAUAUAAAAGUGUUUAUAAUGUCGAACAUAAGCAAGUUAUGCAAUGCAGUAAAUAAAAUGAUAUAAAUGAGGGUCAAAUGUGGGAUAAUGUGAGAAUGCUCGGCCCUGCAUUUCCUGAAAGACUGAAAUAUCUAAGCCUCUUCAAUGAUAAAGAGCGACUUCUUCGAAGCACUCAGCAUCCUGCCGGUGAUUCUGAAUCCUUAAAUUUGUUUUGUUUACUUCUUGUGAUCAGUGAGACUUUCUUUUAAAUUAGGAAUUGUUAUUCCUCUCAGGGCAAAGAAUCACAUUCUUAUGGGUUUUUUUUUUUUUUUAGUUAGUCUCUGUGUCACACCACGCAUCUCUUUGUUUUGUUUACAUUACGUCUUAAUACAAAUGUUCAUUUUUUUAUUUAUUAUUUAUUUUGUAUUUAUGUCAAUUGUUACAUGACAGAUAACUCUGAUCUUGUGCACAGGUGGUGUAUUUCGUGUUUAAAUAAAAUCAGAGUUGCCUUGUAA